UCAGACUGAGAGCCGACAAAUCCAUUCGGCUUAGUGAGCUUUUCUUCUCCGUCACUGUCUUUCGGGGCUCCGGCCCGGUGUCCGACCAGCCACAGCUGCUGAGAAACGUUUGAGAAAUGUGUCACCCGUGUGCCGUGGAGGCGAGAGACACCAUCUUUAAUAAAACAGAUAAACCAUCAUGAUUCCCAUCACAGAGCUCCGGUACUUUGCUGACUCACAGCCAGCGUUCCGUAUCCUGAAGCCAUGGUGGGACGUUUUCACCGACUACAUCUCGAUCGUCAUGCUGAUGAUUGCGGUGUUCGGUGGUACAUUACAGGUCACGCAGGACAAGAUGAUCUGCCUGCCUUGCAAGUGGGUGAUCAACAAGUCCUGCGAGACCAUGCCCGUCCCAAAUGUGAGCUCCGCCUAUCCACCGGAGCCCAAAGGCAUUCAGUAUGACCUCGACCGUCAUCAGUAUAACUAUGUCGAUGCCGUCUGCUACGAGAACAAACUACACUGGUUUGCAAAAUAUUUCCCCUAUCUGGUGCUACUCCACACCCUCAUUUUCCUGGCCUGCAGCAACUUCUGGUUCAAGUUCCCACGCACAAGCUCUAAACUGGAGCACUUUGUCUCCAUCCUCCUCAAGUGCUUUGACUCCCCGUGGACAACGAGGGCUUUGUCUGAGACCGUGGUGGAGGAGAGCGACAACAAGCCUAUGGGGAAAAUUAACGGUUCCAUGGAUAAGAAGGCUUCCAGUGUGAGCGAGGAUGUUGAGGCUAGCGUGCCCAUGCUCCAACGAACAGCAAAGUCCAGAAUUGAACAAGGAAUUGUAGAUCGCUCUGAAACUGGGGUUUUAGAUAAAAAGGAGGGGGAGCAGGCCAAGGCUCUUUUUGAGAAGGUGAAGAAGUUCAGGAUCCAUGUAGAGGAGGGGGAUAUAGUGUACCGUCUUUAUAUUCGUCAGACCAUGAUCAAAGUAAUCAAGUUUAUACUGAUAAUUAGCUACACAGCCUACUAUGUACGCUACAUCAGGUUCAGUGUAGUAUGCUCUGUAAACAUUCAGAAAUUAACAGGCUACAGCAUGUUCUAUUGUGCUCACCCGUUGGCAACUCUUUUCAAGAUUUUGGCCUGUUUCUACAUCAGCUUGGUGGGGGUUUAUGGCCUUAUCUGCAUGUACACUCUUUGUUGGAUGCUCAGCCGCUCCCUCAAACGGUACUCCUUUGAAUCAAUCCGCGAGGAAAGCAGCUACAGCGACAUCCCUGACUUGAAGAACGACUUUGCCUUCAUGCUACACAUGAUAGAUCAGUAUGACCCUCUGUACUCUAAGCGCUUUGCGGUAUUUCUUUCAGAGGUGAGCGAGAACAAGCUCAGGCAGCUGAACCUGAACAACGAGUGGACGUUGGAGAAGCUGAGGCAGCGCAUCACCAAAAACUCCCAGGAAAAGCUGGAGUUGCAUCUGUUCAUGCUCAGUGGGAUCCCAGACACGGUGUUUGAUCUGGUCGAGCUGGAAGUGCUCAAGCUGGAGCUCAUCCCGGAUGUGACUAUCCCUCCGAUCAUCGCCCAGCUCUCUAACCUGAGGGAGAUGUGGCUCUAUCACACACCAGCUAAAAUUGAGGCUCCAGCUCUUGCUUUCCUGAGGGAGAACCUAAAGUCUCUUCACAUCAAGUUCACAGACAUCAAGGAGAUUCCUCUGUGGAUCUACAGCCUGAAGAACCUCAGUGAGCUGCACCUGACCGGGAACCUGAGUGCUGAGAACAAUCGCUACAUUGUUAUCGACGGGCUUCGGGAGCUCAGAAGGCUCAAAGUUCUUCGUCUGAAAAGCAAUCUGACCAAGCUGCCGCAGGUGGUGACGGAUGUGGGCGUGCACCUCCAGAAGCUCUCCAUCAAUAACGAGGGCACCAAGCUGAUGGUGCUCAACAGCCUGAAGAAAAUGGUCAACCUGACGGAGCUUGAGCUCGUUCGCUGCGACCUGGAACGCAUUCCACACUCCAUCUUUAGUUUGCACAACCUGGCGGAGAUUGAUUUGAAGGACAACAAUCUGAAGACAAUCGAGGAGAUCAUCAGCUUCCAGCAUCUGCACCGGCUCGUGUCCCUAAAGCUGUGGUACAACCAGAUCGCCUACAUCCCCAUUCAGAUCGGAACACUUACCAACAUGGAGAGGCUCUAUUUGAACAGGAACAAGAUCGAGAAAAUCCCCAGCCAGCUUUUCUUCUGUCGCAAGCUGCGCUUCUUAGACCUGAGUCACAACAAUCUGACCAGCAUCCACGCUGAUGUGGGCUUCCUCCAGAACCUGCAGUACUUCGCUGUGACAGCAAACCGGAUCGAGACUUUGCCCCCAGAGCUGUUCAAGUGCAAGAAGCUGCGUACUCUGAAUCUGGGAAACAACUGCCUGCAGACGCUGCCGUCCCGCUUCGGGGAACUCACCGGGUUGACCCAGCUGGAGCUGAGAGGGAACCGCCUCGAGUGUCUCCCAGUGGAGCUCGGUGAGUGUCGGCUGUUGAAGAAGAGCAGUUUGAUAGUGGAGGAGGACCUGUUCAACACGCUGCCACCAGAAGUCAAAGAGCAGCUUUGGAGGGCCGAUAAGGAGCAAGCUUGAGCCAAGCCUCUGUGGAGAGACAGAAGUUUGUUUAAAGAAAUAAUCGAGCAGUGAUUUUGUUUUUAAAGGCAAGCAAACCUUGAGAAGUUCGGUUGGUGCUUAGGGCUUUCCUGGCAGGACCUAUAAAAACAAGCGAUGACAACAGUCAAGACUUUCAAGGAUGUUACAUGGUCAGCAAGGGAAAAUCUCGCCGAUGAAAGGUGGAUCAGUAAUGUGGCUUUUCUGUUAUAUCAUCCUGAUUACAAAGCUGCAAGCAGAUGAUGUUGAAUAUGCAUGCAACAUUAGGACCUUGCUAAAGCAAACCUGUUUAUUAGAGAGAGCCGGAAAAAAGCGUUGCAGAAAUUAGCUAAAUGUGCUCACUAUCACUUCUCUGCUGAUCAUGGAAUACUCCGGCCUUGAGGCUCAACAUUUUACUUUUGAAAUUUUUUGCAAUCACAUUUGCAGUUGCGGCGCUGCGUGGCUCAGAGUACUGGCAGAUGUUAAGUUAAUAAAUAAUAGUGCAACUGACAGCCAAGUUGUCGAAGCAUGAAGGAACAAAAUUACUCUGUGAUGAAGAUCAACCGAUCAUCCCACAGCUGAUCUCGCAGUGUAGGCCUUAACUCGGAGGACUGAUGAAAGAAAUCAAAGAAAACAAAUGGGAACAAACUCUACAGUACAUUCUAGUGCAAUGUCUAAAUACCAGGCAGUUGUUAAUUUAUAACGUCGGCCUGUGGGGCAGGCGGUUAAAGGUGGAUGGGAGCUGUGGGGGACAAAAGCCCCAUUGUUGGUCUCUUCAUUUUGCUUCUCUAAACAUCAUGCCUUAUUUAGGCUUGGAAAUAGGCUUUACCUUAUUUUGCAUGACUGAACAUCAAACACAUUACAGGUGUGUCUUAUUAAAUUAUGUGAGAUUGAUUGUGAUUGGACCUAAAACAAGCUCAUGAAGUUAUUUUGACUUCAAGAUACAUAAUUUGGUACUUUUUAAAUGCUUCCACACAUUGGCAUCAUCUUUGGGCCUGUGGAACAGGCUGUAUUGUGAUUGUAAUAUGUGAUCAUAAUCCAGUGAGUGACUGAAUGCAACACUUUUUACACAGCCAUUGAUUUGUUGUGUUGUUUAAGACUUUUUAAGCUGUGUAUGGAACAUAUACCUUUUUAGUCAAAAGAUCUCAAGUGAUCUUUGUUCAGCUAAAGACUGAUAGAUGUUGCUUCACUUACUAGAUUGUAAUAACACAAGGUGUCCUCCUGCUGACAGGAAGUUUGCUGACCCUGUAUUAAAGUUACACGGUCACAAACAUUCAUAAAACUCCCAGUCACUGUUGAUUUCUUUCUUUGUUAAAUUCAAACAUAUGCAAGCUUGCACAAUGCUAAUCAUACAACCAGAUUAUUAUGUAGGCCAAUAGAACAAGCAAGAAUCGUGGUACUUUUAUGCUCAGUAUGAUUUUGAAUUAGGAGACCUUAGAUGAUUAUUAUCCCCAGUGGAUGAACUCCUGCAGAUGUGAGACAAGAGAGUCUUAACUAGCUGCCAGGUACUGCCAGUCCUUAAAAGAAAAGUGGUGGUGGUGUUGUUGUUGGUGACUCGAGUGGCUGGCUGUUUGUAUGCUAGCCCUUCAAUUUAUCAUGCUCCGUUUACUCCAGAGUAAACUGGACUGGUUUGUUAGCGUUUUGUUUAUCCGUUCAAGAGCGACAUGAGGAGAAACAGGAAAUUACAGAGUGAAAGAAACUGGUUUUGACCAACCUACACAAGGGAAACAUUUUUUCGCAGAGAGCUUAUGCAGAAUAUGUAAUUUCCACAUUCAUGGUCCAAAUUAGUGCAGCAUGCUUUGUCUGCUUGAAACACUUUUCUUGUUAAGACCCUGGAUUUAAUAGCCUCAUUUGGAGUAACCCUGCUAUGUUUACUCCAGCCAGGCAUCUCGUUGCUAAUAUGGCCUUAUCUUUUACAAGCUGUGUGCCCUGUUAAUGAUCACAAACAUCACGUUCAUGACUUGUUUUUUUUUGUGUGUUGUUAAAUGUAUAGCUGAAAUGUUUAACGUCUUUGUUUCAUACAUAUCAGUCAUGUGGUAUGAUGUGAUCUUAUUUUUACCAGCUGUUUCUUUUUGAUUUAAGCUUUUUUAUUUUUUAAAGAAGGGAAGUUUCACUGUAAUAAUACAACUGCACCUUUUGUUCACAGUGAAUGUCGUUUCACUGAGGCCUUUGCUAAAUCCAAAUGCCCUUCUAGGGGUCAUUAGUAAUUGCUCCUGUUCUGAGAGAAGCGCCUCGGUCUUGAAUGUGUUGACUAGCAACCAGUUUUAAAGAUGUACGCAAAGGUCGCAGACAACGCAUAAAGGAACAGGUGAUCACCAGUAAUUCAGAGUAAAUCUCAGCUUUUCCAGCAUGUAUGAACUUUUUAAACAUAAACAUUGUUUGGUGGCAUGUCUACCUUGAUAUGUCUGCUCUGGUUUCAUUCGUGUGGUGCUUAGCUAGAGCCAAAACAUGUUGUGUUAGUGACCUGUUGGAUGCCAAACAAAGGAAUGCGAAUAGGCAUCGUCUAGUGCAGUGACUGGCCAGGGUUCUAGGGACAAGUUCUAGGACGAUGUAUGUCUUUCCAAAGUAAAUUUGAUAUAGUAACAUGGCUCAUUGUAGUGGUGCAGUGCAGUUGCCAAUGCUGCUGACACUAAAAAUCUCCUCCCUGCAGUGCACCACAGUGUCAAAUUAGAACAUUCAAACAAUGCCCGUCAGUUAUUGUAUCAAGUGUCUUUUUGGCCUUAACUUGAUGGUCAUUAGAGGUUGGAUAGUUAAUAGCAAAAUACUUUUUUCUGACUUAUGUUUAACCCUAAAUGUAUCCUUGGUACAGCAGUUGUAGUAUAUUUUAAUCUUGAAGUUUAAGAGUGCUCAGGGCAUCACUGGAAAGUCAUUCACAUCUUGGAUUUGCUCAAAUUACUAUAAUACACAUAUUGAUAUACGCAUUUAUCUGUCGUUUCUCCAUUUUAGCUCUAGGUCAGUGAAAUGAGUCUCACUUUGUCCUGCUAACAUUUGGAUUUGUAUCCACAAAUAUCCUUUUUUCUGUCCUUUAGAACAUACAGUCCUGGACAGUCCCUUCCCUCUGAAUCACAAGAUGAGCACAUUAAUCACUGACUUUCUUUUCCUGCAUGUCAGCGUCCGUGAAUCGGGUGACUGAGCUGACUCCGUAACACUAAAGAAAGGGAAGUUUUAGUAUCUAACAAAAUGCCCCUUGUUAACUUGAAAACUCUUAUGCUAGCAUUUUAAUUACCUUAAAUGACCUCAAUUAAUACCUUUUUUAAAAGCUUUUUUUUUUUUUAUUCUGUGCAAGUGCGCCAAAAAAGUUUUGCUUUAAACUUUUGUGUUGCGUCUCCUGAAUUCUUUUUUUUUUUUUUUUUAAGUAUAAAAUAUCAAAUGUUUUGUAUUUAUGUUAUGUAUGCCUUAAGUAGUGUAGUUGUGUGAAAACGGUGUGAUUGAUCAGUUUAUUCUUACAUAGGAUUAACUCAUUUGGAUCCACAGAGGGUUUUACAGCAGACGGUGAAAUGCUGAUUUCUUUGGACACAGCUCCAGGAUUUCACAACUCAACAGAUAGAACCCAUGACAAUCUAACAUACUGUAAACGCCUGCACACUGUUAAUAUUUGUAAUAUUUCUGAAGUGUGUACAUUUUUGGAUGGUCCAUACCAUUUCACUUAAACCUAGAAACCACAUUAUUCCAAAAAAACUGCCAUGAUUGCAUUGACAUCUAAUCUCCACUCAUGUAUAAAACAUUUUUUUAAAUACAUGAUUGUAUUUACUAUGUACGAUUAAUUCAUCUCUGUGUUCUGGUGCCUGUAUAUCAGGGAUAUAUCGAAAGAGUUGUUUUUUUUGGGGGGGAUUCACAUCCAUUUCAUCUUAGAGCAUUAGUUUGUCAAUGCUGAACUUGUGUGCAUUAUAGCCAUACUGAAAGCCAUCCAUUUUACCCCUAGCAGCAAUCACUGUUGAACAUAAACUUUAAGCCGGAUGAACAGACUUGUUUUAAUCGGCACUGUCUGUAUCACAUCCGAUAAGGCCUUUAUUAAUUAAUUGUUGCCGAGUGGACUAAACACUGGCUUUUUAAGCGGGACAUCUGUAAAAAUGGACAACUGAACUUGAUUUCCUAAUGUUCAGAUUCUACCUUUUGUACUAUUCUGACACAUGAUAAUGGAAAUAAACACAACACUGAA